UCAAAUGCUUUCAAUAAAUUGCCACACACAUUAUUCGAGCGUGAGAGACUGACCAACGUGAUCUGAGUUGUUUGUUAGCUAAAGUUCAUUUUGAUAAUUUUUCCUUAUUUUAUUUUUGGUUCACAUUGAGUGCUCGUGGAAUCCAAAUUACGUGGAUUAUAAAUUUAGAUAGAUUUUGUGAUUAAUUAUAAAAAAAAAAAUUAUAAUGGAUGAUUGGGAAACAUUGGCGGACGAGCCAUCACAAAUAGCAAAGAAACCUGCGAUAAUUUCUAAUAUCAACAAAUGGGAUGGCGAGGAUGAAGAAGAAGUCAAAGAUAGUUGGGAAGAUGAAGAUGAAGAGCCCAAAGAUGAUGAGGAUAAGAGCCCGAGUGAUGGCGAAGCAAAAAUGGUGAAGAAAACAAAACCACAGAAAGAUCUAAAAAAACGAAUUGCCGAAAAAGAACGGCUAAAACAACAAGAGGAGGAGAGAAAAGCAGCUGAACGAGAGGCAAACAUGACACCCGAAGAAAAAUUAGCCGAAAAAUUGCGAUUACAAAAGAUUCAAGAGGAAGCCGAUCUGCGAGCAGCGAUGGACACAUUCGGUGUUACGGAAAAAUCGGGCAUUGAUUCGCUUCAACCGAAGACUAAGACAGAAUUAACUGAACUCGCGGAUGCAAUCAGCAAAAAAGUUAGCCAAUACAAACAUUUAGUCGACUUCCCUGGUUUCCUCGAAGAACUUGUGCGGAACGUAUGCGCAAACUUGGGCUCCAGCGAUUUGCAGAAAAUCAAAAAAACCAUCGACAAUUUGUAUACAGAAAAGCAAAAAUUGGAAAAAGAGAAGAGCAAAAAAGGAAGUAAAGGCAAAUCAAAAGUGAAUCUUCGCAUCGAAACAGACAGCGCAAAUAUGAAGGAAUAUGGAACUUACGAAUCCUAUGAUUAUGAUGAUUUCAUGUAAAAAUACAAACAAACAUUUUUCUAAAGUGCUGAAUAUUAACGAAUUAUUUAAAACCGAAACAGAGAAAAAAAAAUGCAUAGUUCUUAUUGAUUAUGAAUUAGAUAUGUGCGCGAAGAAAGAAAACUCGAUCCAAUAAACAAAGAAUAUCGCCGAAAUAUUUGCUGAAAUCGUUUUUUUUUUAACAACUUAGAUGCCAAACUUUUAAAGUGCAACAACGGGAAGAAAUAAAUGGAUCCGGAGAUUUUUUAGCAAACAAAAAUCACUAACAAAAAAAAAACAGAUUUGCAUAUAUUAUAUUACGAAGAAUAAGAAGAGAAAAAAAGAAAUCGCAUCAAAAUGAAGUCGUAUCCAUUGAAAACUAUUGAAUAGCCAAUGAAACCACAGAAGAAAAUAAUAUCAAGUUGCAAACUAUUGUACAUUUUACAAUUGAAAAACACAUAGUAUAAAAAAAAAAGCGUUGAGUGUAUCAUUUUGUUGGACAUUUUCCGUAAAUCCAAACAACCAUACGAUUUUGAUUUUUGUUGAUUGCAAUCAAUCACUAGGCAAAUUUGAACGUAAUAGUUUUUGUUUUAUUUUCCUUUCUUUCGUCUCUCGUUUUAAUUAGGUACCAUAAAUAAAGCGCAUAAUAUUUUUCUAAAAUCGAAUCUAGUCGAAAUGAUUCUAUUUAGAAAUUGAUUUGUGUUUCAUUUCUCUUUGUUGAAAACAGGAAUGAAUAUUUUUUAUGAUUUCAAAUAAAACAGAAAAACGUUACAAA